UGACAAACCAAAUAUAGUACAACUUAUACACAUGGGUUCACAAAUCACAACUGAUUUCCUUUCGGUCAGUAGUAUGUGUUUUAAUAGGGAGAAAUUUUUUUUGGCAUAGGAGCUGGAUGGGGAGGAGGCAAGACUUGCAGAUUACUUCGACGUGAUUGCCGGAACAAGCACCGGUGGUCUUGUGACAGCCAUGUUAACUGCACCCGAUGAAAACAACCGUCCUCUCUAUGCAGCCAAAGACAUCAAACCUUUUUACCUAGAGCACGGUCCCAAGAUUUUCCCACAGAAAAGUGGCUUGUUUAAAUCCAUUGGAAAAACGUUAAAAACAUUAAGAGGACCCAAAUAUGAUGGGAAGUAUCUUCAUGGGCUUGUAAGGGAGAAGCUGGGAGAUAUCCGAUUAAGUCGUACACUCGCCAAUGUUGUCAUUCCAACUUUUGAUAUCAAAGACUUGCAGCCAACCAUUUUCUCCACUUAUCAGGUAAAAGGCUCUUCAUGUUUGGAUGCUCAAUUAUCCGAUAUUUGCAUAAGUACUUCUGCAGCUCCAACCUACCUUCCAGCCCAUUACUUCAAGACCCAAGAUAACAAAGGGAAUGUUCGAGAAUAUAAUCUUAUUGAUGGGGGUGUUGCUGCAAAUAAUCCGACUUUGGUUGCCAUUAGCGAAGUGACAAAACAGGUCAUUGAGAACAAUCCAGACUUCUUUCCCAUCAAGCCCAUGGACUAUGCUCGAUAUCUAGUAAUUUCAAUUGGCACAGGGGCAGCAAAGAUUGAACAGAAAUACAAUGGUAAAAUGGCUGCCAAAUGGGGAGUUCUAGGCUGGUUAAUUCAUGGAGGUUCGACUCCAUUGGUGGAUGUGUUUACUCAAUCAAGUGGAGAUAUGGUUGAUUUUCACAAUUCUGUGGUUUUCCAAGCACUUCAUUCAGAAGAAAAUUACCUUCGAAUUCAAGAAGACACAUUGACUGGUACAGAAGCUUCAGUUGAUGUUGCGACGAAGGCCAACUUGGAAAAACUGGUAAAAAUAGGUGAAAAUCUACUGAAGAAACCAGUUUCAAGGGUGAAUUUGGAGACGGGACUCCACAAACCAGUUGAAAACGCAGGCACAAAUGAGGAUGCUCUCAAGAGGUUUGCCAGACUACUUUGCAAUGAAAGGAGACUUCGAGAGUUAAGAUCGCCACUGACCAGCAAGGCACUGACCAACAAGGCUCAAGCGUCAAGCCUCAAUGUUGUGCAUCACAUUGUUAUCCCUUGACCAUAUGCCCGUUUACUUCUCAUAUUUGUCGUCAAAUUUAACUAUUUUUUAUUCUUUGCACAAAUUUGUAAAACAUGCUAUGCGAUCGAAAGAUAU